UUUACUUUCUUUCAAUUAUUUAAAUUGAAUUAUGUAUUCAACUUGAAUCUCACUUCCUAAAUUUAUAUAAAAAUUUCAAGUGUGUAUUUCCCUUACAAUAUAAACUUUAUGAAAGUUAUAUUUUUACAUUUACAUUUCAUUGGUGUAGAUCUACCAUGGCGAACUUAAAAAUUAUACCAAGUGUGUAAAGUGCAGACAUGAAAGUGAGCCAGAAUGCACCUCAUUUGUGAUUCUACCACUGGCUAUUGAAUCGCAUCAAAGCUACAAAGUGAUGGAUGGUUGGAAUCAGUUCUUCAAGUCCUCAGGUCUGAAUGGUGAUAAUCAGCUAUACUGUGACGCUUGUGAUGAGAAGACAGACACAGAAACAGUUUGUGCAUUAGUGAGGUACCCUGAGGUCUUAACCUUACAACUCAAGAGGUUUAACUUUGACUACAACUACAUGAUGUAUAUGAAAAGCAACUGCACAGUGGAAAUCCCCAUCAAACUAAAAGUCACUCAGGAGCUCUAUACGCUCUAUGCUAUAAUCAAACAUCGAGGUUCUGUGAAAUCUGGACAUUAUUACACCAUCAUCAAGUCAUUUGAGGAUGGAAAUUGGUACCAUUUUGAUGACAGCUGUGUCUUUCAAUGUGACCCCAAGAUAAAUGAUCAGAAUACCGUCAUCACGUCUGAACAUGCCUACAUGCUGCUGUACACAAGACGAGACAAUGAUUCUGCUGAAAACUGCUUCGUUGAAAGACUCAAAGUUAAAGGAGAGAACAAAGGAGGCUGUUUGGAUGUGGGAAUUGAUGCUGGCAGAGGAUUUGAAAAGGUUGAUAGACACAACAGAGGCUCUAAUGAGGCUGCUGGAAAUGCUGGAGGGAAAUGGAGAUGCAAGAACCAUGAAGAAGAAAGGGCUGGGUAUGUCCAUUCAUCUUCUGAAACCGCUUGUCCGAUUCAGAGUCGCGGGGGGUCUGAAGCCUAUGGGCACAAGGCAGGGAAUAACCGAGGAGGGGGCACCAACCCAUCACGGGACGCCAACCCAUCACGGGGCGGCAACCCAUCACGGGGCGCCAACCCAUCACGGGACGCCAACCCAUCACGGGGCGCCAACCCAUCACGGGGCGCCAACCCAUCACGGGGCGCCAACCCAUCACGGGGCGCCAACCCAUCACGGGGCGCCAACCCAUCACGGGGCGCCAACCCAUCACGGGACGCCAACCCAUCACGGGGCGCCAACCCAUCACGGGGCGCCAACCCAUCACGGGGCGCCACCCCAUCACGGGGCGCCAACCCAUCACGGGGCGCCACCCCAUCACGGGGCGCCAACCCAUCACGGGACGCCAACCCAUCACGGGGCGCCACCCCAUCACGGGGCGCCAACCCAUCACGGGACGCCAACCCAUCACGGGACGCCAACCCAUCACGGGGCGCCAACCCAUCACGGGGCGCCAACCCAUCACGGGGCGCCAACCCAUCACGGGACGCCAACCCAUCACGGGGCGCCACCACAUCACAAAAGACUGAAAAUGCUCCCAUUAGAAAGGCAGGAAACACUGGCCGUGGGAAGGGAGCUAAAAAAGAUUGUGAAAAGAUCACUGCAGAUAAACGAGAUGAAUGCUCUCCAAAAGUCCAUGACGUCAGAGAAGAGGACGGGAGUAAAAUAAGUUGUUUCAGCUUUUUAAAACGACCUAAAUUAAUUUUUUUUUGCAGAAGAUGACUAUCUGUCAGUUGCUUUGUUGCAGUAAAAUCAGAUCAGAGGAUGUUAGAAAGUGAUGACUUUUGUAAUUCUUCAGUAAAUACCCAAUUAUUGUAAGUGAUGGGGAAUACAAUAUAAGUAUUGUAUUCUCUGUUCUAAGUAACAGAGCCUCUGUUCUCAGUAUUUUUUUUGUUAAGACAAUUGUUAAAGAUGAAGAAAAGAAGAAAUAGAUAAAUACAGACACUCCUUUACUUACGAACGAGUUAUGUUCAUAUAUGAAUAUAUGUGACUGUUGCUACAGAGUCAUUACUAUUUUUCACAGUUGCUGUGUGUUUGACUGCAGUAUUCUCAGUAUAGUACAGUUGAUAUCCCCCUUGUGACUUUCUGUGAGUGUUUAAAUGCAGUACAGUUGUUAGUCACUUGAUUAUGGCUACGGAACAGUAAACACUAAAUAUUAUUCAUAUUAGGAAUAAUAUUGUCGCCUGUGUAAACUAUAUUUGUCCAGAACACACUGGUGUUCAUUUCAAAUUAUAUAUGAAACAAUUUGGUUUAAUCAUUGUUUUUGUCGUGCCCGGCUCGUCCGCUCCUUGUGUGUGCCACGCCCCCUGAUUACCCACGUGUGCUUCCCUGAUUGUCUCCAGCGUUGUCUGAUUUCCAUGCUUCGUCUUGUUGUAUUUAAGUCCUGGUCUGACGUGUUUCCCCUGUCCGUCAUUGUGAUUAGACGUGCUUCCCCAUGGUCUCCGUGUUGGUACUCACCAAUAAACCCCUAGUUUGCCCCGUAUUCUGCUUGCCUGCCUAGUCUUUUGCACGCCUGCCCGCACGAUCGCCGUUCUGCUAGCCUUGAUCGUGACAGUUUUUUUGUCUUUUUCCUUAUUU